GUUCGACCUAUUUCCAGUCGAAGAUCCCCGACGAUCAAACGACACAUAUCUCCUUUGUGAAUGUCUACUCUAGCCGGCUUGUUCGUUCACCCUCGAGCGAUUCUUUCCGUUGUCCGAGGAACACUUGGGGGGUUACGUUAAGCUCUGCGCAAUAAGAAAUGUCAAUGUCUCAAGAGAGGAUUCCUGGCCGACUAUUCCGCGAUGGAACUAGGUGAGUUGGACGAUGUGCUGCGCGCCACUCGUCAGUUUCUCCGGCAAAGACUUCUCAUCUGCCUCUUUCGACGAGCGACCGCUCCUUACAACGUCUGUCUCUUCGUUCCUUGAGCGCGACACGUACGCCAGAAACGCGGCUUUUCACCGGUCGAAGCCGCUGGUUUAAAGAAGACCUCGUAAUCGUCACGUUGCAGAGCUAGUUUACAGAAGUAGGUCGCGUGUUACGCUCGAUUUCAGAGGAACGAGAGAUUCGAUGAUGCUAGAAGGUGGAGGUUUGAAGGUGUUGAAGAUGAGCUUUCCGCGAAGACGAUUGGUUCUCGUUGUGGAGACUGAGGAUUGGAACAAGGAUUCGUCGACGGACUAGAUCUGUGACUUUUGAGGUGCUCCAGCUGCACAGUAUCUUGGUAAUUAGGAUGUUUCCAUGCAGAAGAUGUUUUACCGAGAGAUCGUACCAGGAUUUUGCCUAAUCUGGACCAUCAGAAUCCUUUGUUUUCCUUGCUACGUGAAAAACAGCAUAUUAUCAGAAAUAAAUAUUUUCUCACGCCUUCCAAUUAUUUUCAUUUCUCUUGCAUCGUGCAAGUAUUAUUUUACAUCAUCCGCUUGAGUAAAAAAUAUUGUACCAUAUUUUACUCGUUUCAUUAGAGAAAGUAACGCGAUUGCUUGAUCGAUGAAAAUUAUACGGGACUUUCGUUGAGGGAUUAUGAGUAGGGGUCUACGCGUUCCCGCGAGCACCCCACAUUACCAAAAAUUUAGCGCACAAAUACUCACAUUAGGAGUACUUACAGGCUUCAGCUUGUGGCCUCAUGCCUGGGGGAACCACCUCGUUGAUCAUGGUAUCCCCUACGCCAGGUUAGUAUGGUACACGCCGAUUACCGGCCCAGUGAUUAGCACCAACGAUACCAUAGUUACUUUCGAGAAAUCUUUGAAACCGAAACUCUAUCCGUCGGCAAUCAGGUGAACUAUCUAUAAUAACUGAAUAACGAAUAGUUCGAUCUAGUUACCAGGCGGCUGAGGAAAUUCUCGCGCUUCAAUUUGGCGCAAUUCAGUUUCCUCUGUUCUUCGUGAAACUUUUACGACGCUGUAUGGUGAAUAUAAAGAAUUUGCAACACUUUAUUUAUUUUCUUGUUUAUGUUCUUAUUUAUCUUAUGUUCAGUUUUCUUGUCUUACAUCGAGUACAAUAGAUUCAAUGGAAUGAAGAAUCAUUCUUCAUCUUUCUUACAGCGAUUCAAGGUACGGACCAAUCGCAAGACACCAAUCAUUUUUAUUUAUUGUUCUCGCAUUUGAAAUUAAUUCUAUAUUCGUUCAAAGUUGCACAACAAUUCCAACAAGAUUCACGGUCAAUUGAAACUAAAAAUUCCAUGUUUUUAUUGAUUCCUUCUCAUCCAAGACAAUUCCUUUUCUCGCGCAACAGUCGUUUCGUAGACCUUCGAUGAAAUUUCACAGCGAACAAAUAUGCAUAGGAAAUGUAUGGCCGCGUUUCACUCAAGAGAAACCGGAGCCAGAGCGUGUAAUUCCUGAAUCGACGCGUGCAGCCACCCCGUCUACCGGCGAAAUUUCCUGCCUAAAUCGGGGAUAUUGUGAGCUUGAUUACUUCGAUAUAGAUAUUGCGUUACAGUCAUGGCUGGGGGCGUGUAAUCGAACUACACGGAGUCUCGUAAACUCGAUGAACUUGAAAGACGAGCCAACGUCGAAGUCUUGAACUUCUGACGGCGUGCAAUGUUAGCACUUUGCCGUCGAGUUUGCGGCCUCGCUCCUCUCGCUUCUUGUCUCUGCCGCCAGGCUACUGUUGCUUCUGAUCCGACGAUUUCCCCCUGGUAAUUGAUUUCCCGUGUGUAAACCUGGUCAAAGGUGCUCGAUGGUUCAGUGAAGUUUUAACAUUUCUUUGACGCGAAGUCAAGAAUCCUGCAGAGAAAAUGUUUGCUGUACGUUUUUCAAGCAGAGAGUAAUUAAUACGAACUGGAUAAAAAAAAUAGUCAAAUAGCAAAGUGGCAAUUUUACAAUUAUGUAUUUAUAUUUUUAUUUGCCAUUGCUUCAGGUUUAUUGCGCUUUUUCGCCAAAACAGAUUACUAACUAAUUAAUAAUUAUUAUAACUAAUUGAAAAAGAAGCUGAAACGUCUAAGAACCAGACGAAUACAACGAUAUGCUCGAACCAUUGAACGUUUGACGGGCACGCGAGAAAAACGGGCCACCCCAUUGAUAGCCCAUUAAUUCCCAGUAAUGAUCCAAUUACCACGCCAAAGUCGGUCCUUUAGAACACCUAUUCACCACCUUGGAGCGUGUUCGUGCGCAUCAGUCACGUUCCACAGCAUUGAGCAACAUCCAAGUGUACCCAGCCUAACCGAACCGCAACCAGACCACCGUUGCAAAUCAACCCCCGCCCUCUCAACAGGUCCAAAUAUUAAUUCAAUAGGACUGGUCGUCGUAGUAACGGUAAACAGAGGUUCGCUCUCUUUGACCCGCCAAGGAUCGCAGCGUUAAACGUCCAUCGUUUCAACGUUUCUAACCUCCAAUCGAACGAGAUGAGUUUCUUCAAGGUGGAGGAGACGCAAUGCGGUCCUCUGAAGCCAAGGAAGUAUCCCACGGUUGCAAUUGGUAGUCUGAACGCGCCUUGGGGAUACAGAUUGCGCGAAAGAUCGGGUUGCAAAACAGUGAAGAUCCCGGAAUCGUACGAGGAACAUCGACUGCAGAAGGAGAGGGAGUAUGAACAUUUGACGAAAAUUCUGGAGUUCGAGAACCAAACGAACAGCAAAAUCAAGAAGAAGAGCGUGUGGCAGCGAGUUCAGCAAGGUACUUGUGAGGGACGUCUCAUCUCGAAUCCUUUUUCUCCAAUAAAAUUACUGUCAAGAACCGAUGAUUCUCCAGGAUUAGCAUCCUUCGAGGACGGCGUGAAUGCGCGGCGAGAAAAACUUCGCGAGUUACUGUUGAAAGAAGAGAUGGGGCUGAUUCACGAGGUGAUAUACCAGGCUCAGCACGGCGACGACGCGAGGAUGGACGACAUGCAUCGUUCGAUAGAAGAAAUCCGCAAAGAAGAGGAAGAGAAACGUUUAGCAGUGGUAGCUGCGAAGAGAAUGCAACAGUAUAUAGCCCAAUGUCCAGAAAUUCGUAACAGCCGCUCGAAGAAAUCAGUGAUCGAUGCAAAACAGGGAAAUUUGGCCCAAAUGGCGGCUAACGAAGCCAAGAGACAAGCAGAUAAAGAAUUAGACAAUCUUUGGCACCAGUUGAUGUUGAAGGAAGUGGAAGCGAAGAAACAGAGAGAGGUCGAGGAAGCGAAAAGACGUUGUCUAACGGAACAAGUGAAUAUGACCAUCCUGGCGAACCAAGUAGCAGGAAAGUUAGCUCUGGAGGAGCAAAAGAAGCAAAUACAUAUGGAAGACAGAGAGCAUAUGCAACGUCUGAUAGAGAAACUUCGCGAAGAAGAACUUGAGAAGCUCGAGAAAGAACGUCAGAAGAGAGAGGAGCUGAAGAAGGAUCUACAGGAACAGAUUCUGGUAGCCAAGCGGAAGUUAGCCGAGCAGGCACGCCACGAAGCGGAAAUGGACCGCUUGAGAGGAAUCAUCGCUGCGGAGGAAUUAGCGAAAGAGCAGUCCGCCAUCAAAGAGUCCAGUGCCGCUCUUCGUAGAGAAUUACUCGCUUACAUCGAAUAUUUGGAAGAUUUACGGAAAGAGGAAGCUAGAAGAAACUUGGAAGUGGAUAAAAUAAUAGAAAAGUCAAUGCAGGACACUGCUUGCAAGCGAAAUCUUGCAGUACAGAAAUUCAAAGAGGCUAGAAUAAAGAUUCUACAGGAUGUUCUUCGAGGUCGUGAGGAACAACUGAGGCUAAAGUCUGAGAAUGACAAGAAGGAGAUGGAAGCGCGUCAAUUGGAAAAGGAAAUGCUGGAGAAGCAAAUAGAAUCGGAGGCCAAGUUGACUGCUUAUGCAAGAAAAGAAAAGAUGGAGAAAAUGUUGUCUUAUAGAAAGGAUUUGGAAGAACAAUGGAAACGGGCCGAGGAUGCGAAACGUAGAGAAGCUGAAGAAGAUAAGAAGAUGUAUUUGGAAGAAAUUAAGCGGCAAGAAGAGUAUCAGAAAUUGACAGAGGAGUUGUUGGAAGCUUCUGACAAUGUUACUCCGCACCCGUUUAAGAUUUUGCUGAAGGAAUGCGCGGCUCGUUAUGCUGCAGAGAAGGAAGGACAGUGUUACUGUCCACCGCCGUUAUCCGAAUAGAAUUAAUAAUGCAAAUUUUAAUAAUCGAAGGUAUAUAAUAUAUAUUUUGUCAUAUUAUAAAGUAACGUAAUUGACGUCUGAAGCGUGAAUUUUUGUUUUCCCGCUCCGGAAGGAUCCACGAUUCACGUGGUGAUCCAUUCGAGCUGCGCGCACCAUCUAUGUCAUCGUCAGAGAAACGUUGAACGCGCUUGUCGCUAUGGUAGAACUCUGCUUCGCUAUCGAUCAUUCUCCUUUUUUCCGUUUUUCACGGCGCGCAACUUGGUGGCGCGAUAUUUAAAAAUACCGGCAAGGGUUAAAAGUAAAAAUCAUUCAAAAUAAACCUGUCGGCCGACGCAGACUUUCACGCUCGUCGCGUCGCUGAAAAUAAACUUGCAAAAUAAACUGGCAAGAAUCAGUGGGCAGAAAAUCUGCAGCUAAAGCAGCCAGUCACACGGAGUAAUAAUAAUCAUCGCGAUUCGCGGUAAACGAGCGUGUUAUAAAUUCCAUCGAAUUAUACGAAACGAUGAAAUAAAACCGGCGUAAAAACCAAGCAUCAGCGCGAAUCGCGUGUAAAUAAUUCCAUCAUCGAUGCGAAUUAUUUUCAGCGACGCCGUGGCCGCAAUUCGCAUUAAAAUAAUUACGCGCCCCGGGUUCAAGUAUCGUUUUUUUCCCUUUCUUCCGCGGCGAGAUUUAUACUUCGCUGAAAAACUGAUUCGUUCUCGCGCUUCGGGCUCUCAGCGAUUUUUUUCUGCCCCAUCCUUCGCUCUCCUUUUUUUUUUAUCUUUUCUCUCCGUCUUUUUUAUCUGUUUUAUCUCUCUUUUUUAUUUUUUAAUACAUAUUUACAGCGGCACUCGUUGAAUCUCCCCGAGUCCCUCCGCAGCUACCUUCGGGCGGUCGCUUUGAAAUUCACGACGAACCAGCCUGACGUGCAAAUUGACACGCCGAUUGGAUUAAAUAACAUAACUUGUCCGGCCAGGACGCGCCGCGCGUAAAUUACCAGCCGUUUCGUUCGAUUACUGGAAAACACGCGACGUGCUGAAAAGGAGAACGGAUUUAAUGAGCGUGCGCGCGCGAUCAAAAAUUAGACACGAAUUAAUCGCUCCAAGACCCAUCCGCUUGACGAUGAUUUAACGAACUCUUCGAGAAGAUGCAUCGCACCUUCCUUUCUCUCUCGUGCCUGGUUCUCUUUCAACGCCUGCGUACUGCUUAUCGAUAAUUUAAUCGCAUCAAUUCUUGAAGAAUACAAUAUCGUAGAAAUUGAGUAUGUGGUUAUUAAAAAGAAAGGGGGAUAUAAUUCCUAGAAAGUUCGAAUCUUUAUUUUACGUUUCAAUAUUAGGAUAUCACGAAGGGUUAAAAUGUUGCCUCUUUAUGACUCGCAUAAUAAUGGUUCUUUUUUUAACAUUUCUGAAAUAGUACCGAGUUUACGAUGUCGUUUACCUAGCCUUCGUACGACCUUGAGCAGCGUAGAUCAGAUAAUAUUUUUUUAUCUCGCCCGCAGGCGUUUCGUUAUAUCUUCGAAAGCGACGAAGGUAUUCGAGAUAUUCCUGAUAAAUGAUACAAUCUGUAUUUCGUAUUAUGUCUUGAGUAAUACCGCGAAGAAGGCUACCCUUGUUCCCUUUACCACGGGAGAAGCUGCUACAAUAAUGCACUUUCAUGUUUCCGCUCGCUGCAAAAUUGCUCUUUAUGGUCACCCAGCGAAGGUAAUUUCCAGCAGGAAUUUUAAGAUUAAACGACGCAACCUUCAACCCCUCUCAAUUUUUCCCUUAUCGAGCUACGUAGUAUUCCCUUAACAACACACCGCGUGGGUGGUGCUGAACUUGCCGUGCAAGGUAUCCAACAAAAGCCGCAAAUAGAAACAGUAGUUCCUCGGACAAUAAACCACUUAACUUUUAGCUUUCUAACAGACGCAAUUCAAUUUCCCUUUCUACAUUUGCAACCCAGUUUGGCGCAAUAAAUCCAGCAAGUUCAGUUUGGUUUCUCCGAUGGAACCCAUAAAAAUCCCUUCUGUCCAGCCCUUUAGCGAGCUCGGAGAAGCUUCACGAUAUAGCUGAAACGCCCAACAGCUAGUCCCAUGUAUAUUAAAACGCAUCCCCGUUGCUAUAUUAAAAUAUUUCCGUUCGGUCGGCGAGCACGUCCCAUAAUUCCUGCGGGUGACGUGGUGUAGUUGCGAAAGCGUUCACCAAAGUGGAAAGCCGGAAGUCGCUGGCGUACGGGGGUGGACGCGUUUCCAAGUCGAAGCCGCUUAACGCGGAAUUUCAAACACGAAUACGGUUUGACGCGGUUACGCUCGCGUGUCUUCGAUGUGACGCGACUCCUCCGUUCGUUUCUCGAUUAUGGUCGUUCGUUUUUACGCAGUUAUCUUUAUAACGUCGUAGAAACUUCCUCUUCGUCUUGCCUCUCGACUUUCGAGGCCAGCCCCUUUAUCGACUCUACCCCUGCUUCCGCUUCUCAGCCAGGCUUUCUUUUUUCUUUUCUUAUUAUUUCCUCUUUUUUUCUUGGCAGACUUCACCCUUUGCGUGUUUUUUCUCCUUGCACGCGCAAAGACCGUCGGAGCGACUAAUUGAUUAGCGAUAGCGAUAACGGUCGAAGGGGUGACUUUAGAGGGAACUAGGCUUGGAACGGUUUUUUUUUAAUAUUCAUUGAAAAAUAAAUGCACCGAAACGGUGGUAUUGUGAUUAUCGCGUUUCUUGACGUUAAAUAAGGAUUUAUAUGCUUUUGGGAUUUUUACAUUCUCGUGUAAUAAUUGAAUAGUCGUGGAGGAAUCGAUGGAAUAAUUAACGGGGGCGCGAUAGUCGAUAAGCAAGUUUUUUAAAAUUUGCAGGGAAGUGGAUUAAAAAUUUAUUAAAACAUUUCUCGGAGGAGCCUGAUUGGCCCACGUGGCUCUAUUUAUUACGUGCGCAUUAAAAUAUUCACUCGAACGCUUCUCGCGACAGAGUUACUAUCACCGAGGUCCAUCGACUGGUUAAUCGAUUAGUUGGUCUACUUAACCCUUUGUCAGACUCAAAAAACAACUCCAUAAAGGAAUUUACUUCGCUCCGUGAACGAACCGCUGCAAAACACGGGAAUAAUUUAUCGUUUCUUCACUGCUUCCUUAAAAACAGCGAACUAAUUGGCCAAAAAUUUACGCCUUUGAUGAAUUCUCUAGUUUCGUUAUUAAUCUGAAAUUAUGCUUGGUGGUUAGCAUAAAAUGUUUAUAGAAUCGUUCAAUUACGCAUAGAUCGUGCAUAUCUAUG